UACAAACAAGACUAAGUACGGACUUUGAGCGAAACUUUGCCAAAGGAAAUAUCAAAAUACGAUCCGUAUUUGAGUAGAGCGAUGCAACUAAAUGUCAUGCGUACAGUUAUAAAGGUAAUAGAUACCAAACAUACCGCCCACGUUUGACAUCUAUGGAUUUAUAAAUCGUGGCUGCAAACGGAACUGUGUUACUACAAUAUUACCCUCCCAAUAUGAUGUUGAGAUUAGUGUUGGUAAUAAUUUUGAAGUUUGAAUUGGUUAUUUGUCAAGAGGAUAUGAGAAAUCCUAUGGAAACGCAACCGCCAUCGCCAGAAUUUGAGAAUUUGUGUAUGAAACUAUCGAGUGGUUUGCACUUUGAUAAAUCUUUGCUGUUAAAUACCACUUGGGUAUCUAUUUAUUCAUGGAGUAGAGAUGUUGGUUACGGCUGUCCGACAUUGCAGUUUUCAAAACCAACACUGAAGCAAAAGCAGAAAUUUUACAAAAACAUGAGAGACCGGCUUGAGACACAACCCAACUGGAAAUCUGCAAAGUUACUGAUGACGUUAAGAAAUUUCGACAAAAAAACGGAGUCUUUGCUGACUUCCAUUAGCAGAGGGUAUAAAGGUUCAUUCGAAGCCGUCCCAAACCUUGACAUACUUCAGCUGUACGGGACGGAUGUGGACGAAAAAAUUCCUUUGUUUAGUUUCACGUUACAACUAUUGCAGACCAAUGACGCUGAAUGCAAAAAUCAACUGUUUUUGUUCUUUUUAUUUUGCAAAGUGGGUGUUGUCUUAUAUACGAAGGUGGACAAGCAGUGUCCAACUCUGAAACUUAUAAACAAAGUAGUGAGCAGCGCUGGCUUACCUGAUGGACAAUAUACUUGUAAGAGGUAUUUAAAUUCGACACUCGUCGAUAGAAAUGUGUCAGGAUCAUCCUCGGAAUCGGAAGAAAAUCUAGAGGACGACCAUAGUUGAACAAAAGUAUGCUACUUUUAACCCCUAACCAAUAAAUAAUGUUAGUUUAAUAAAGGUUUGGACUACGAUACGAGUCUUUUUUACAUUUAUAAUUACCUACAUUAUAGUAAAAUUUGCGAUAUUUUGUUUUCUACUAAGUUAAAACAUUAUUGUUAACAUUUAUAAAAAUUAUCCUAUUUUCGUAGAGGACUUUAUUAAUAAGCAGAUUAAAUGUAAAUUACGUAAAAUAGAUUAAUUACAUAAAGAUUUCGUAUAAAAAAUCUGCUUAUGUGACGGUUAAGUACAUUUUCAAUUUAGCAAUUCCAAUGAUCACAUUGGAAGUAGGUAUUAUGUUCUGUUUGUUUUAAAAAAUAAGCUUAGAAAUGUGA